CGCGUUUCAAUUGCCACGGCUGCGAUUAGCGCGAGAGAUGAGUUAAGAUAGAAGUUAAAUCUCACAAUAACUAUAUAUAAUAACCGAGAAGUGAAUAACGACUAAUUAUACAAUUUAAUUAUCAACAACACAAGCCGGCCAUGCCAAGUGAAUGUCUUUUUUUUAUACAGUAAACACAGUUGCGCAAAAUCAUCAAUAAGCGAAAUACAAGAAUUAAGAAUUGUGCACCCAACCGAAGGUAAACGGCGAAAAUGUUGAUUCGUUGGAAAAGCAAAGAUAAGAAUGCAUCGGCAAAUCAAGGCGGCACUGGAAGCAGCAGCUCAUCAUCAAAAAAGAAACGCAAAGGACGUGAAGGAGAAGAAGACUGGCAAAAUGAGAACAAACCCGGUCGCUUGCCGGCCAACGAACCAGGAGGCGAGGAGCGCAGACGCGCAAUGCGCCGCGACGAUCCAAGGCGGCACACGCUUGGUGGCGACAUUCUCGUUUAUGGUGGCUCACAGCAUCCACACGCCCAUCAAAUGCCGCAGCAGCAACGCGCCAUGGACCUGGAAAUGAGUACGAGGGCGCAGAAGAACAAGAAGAAUCAACCGAUGCGUGGCUAUGCACCCGUUAAUCAGGGGCCCCUUUUCGACGAUGAUCCCGGCAUUAUGUCUGAGGUGGAAACGGCUAGCACGGGAUUUCGUCGGGGCGGCAAACAGCGCUCGUCGUUGCCCGUGGUGCGAACACCAUCGAAGACAUUGGAGCGGCCGCUUGGCCUCGUCUUUCUGCAGUAUCGCUCGGAGACGAAGCGAGCACUCCUCCCAAAUGAGAUCACAUCGAUAGAUACGGUGCGAGCGCUGUUCGUGCGCUCGUUUCCCCGUCAGCUGACCAUGUCGUAUUUGGAGGGGCCAAACGUUAAGAUCUAUAUCCAUGAUGCCAGCAAGGACAUGUUCUAUGAACUGGAAGAUGUGCGUUCCCAUCUGCGCGAAAUACGUGAUCGUUCCGUGCUGCGCCUCUUCGAGUCGACCGAGGUCGCCGCUCCGCCUCAGAUUCUGCCCGGCGGACCGGGCAUACCACAGCCAUUGCCACAGGCACAGUCUAGCUGGGAUCAGGACCAGAGCUACUUUAGCGAGCCUGAAUUCGACUCGGACUUUAAGCACCAGCACAUUCACAAAUCGAAGAUCGGUAAACAGCCAGCGCCGUAUUAUGUGGGUUCAUCGCAAACGUUGCCUCGUGGCAUGUAUGCCUCAGAUCGUAAUAAGGUCUCCAUGGGAACGCCUGUGAAACCAUUCAGAUCGAUUAAUCGAAGGGGUAGUAUGGAACCCCUGUUUCCAUAUUCCUCGGAUCAAUUAUACAGUAUACCAGACGGAUACACCAGCUCCCCAGAGCGGAGUACACGUGGCAACUAUGAGGAGCCCUACUACAGCCAGUAUGGAACACGCGGCACUGUCGUCGCACCCAUCAUUGACGAGGAACAAAGCGAUGUGGCUCUUGCGGAAGACCAGUACUCAUUGUAUGGGAUUAAAGUUGGCCCAAAUCGUCUACCGCAUCGAGGCAAUCAGAUCUACGACCCAACCAGGCCUGAAGACUUGCAUCGCAUACGCGUUGAGCAUAUGGAGCGUCAGUUGGCCAACUUGACUGGGCUGGUCCAGAAAGCUUUGGUUAAUCAGAAUCCCCAAAUCGCACCCAUGGCUGUACCCACAUUAGAUUCCAACUAUCUUGUUGUGCCAUCAUCACAAAUGCAAGCUAACGGUUCCGCUGAUGAGCUAUACAUUAGGGAAAAGGCACCCAAGUUGGGCAAGAACUCAUGUCAGAAAUCCGUGUCCUUUGAGAAAUCUGUUUCAUUUAGCGACGAUAUACAGGGAAUACCCAAGUCUCAUAAUCCCCUACAUGCCGCUGACACGAAACCAACCAAGCCGGCAAUCAAGUCGUCUACCUUGCCACGUACAUCGUCACAAGAGCGCGAUCGCCUAAAGCCCCCUCCACCACCAAAACCAAUUGUAUUGGCCCAGACCUCCCAUCCCAGUUACCGGGCGGACAUCGCCCUCGCACCCGAGGUUUACAAUCAUUUGCGCGGUCUGCAAAAGAAAGCAAAGGAUUUGCGCAUGGAAGUUCGCACCUUGAGGCGGUUAUCGCAGGCUCAAUCUGUUGCCGUACGUGAGGAUAUAAAGAGCACUUUCAUGCGCAUACGGGCCACUCUGUUGGCCAGCAGUGGCAGUUUCUGGGGCCAGGGCGACCAGGACACCACGCGCAUCUCAAGGGAGGAGGAGCUGUACAAGCAGGAGGUCAUACGCCUCGAGAAGGAUCUGAGUGACUUGGAGGCUUCGGUGGAGAACUUACGUGGUGAGGUGAUCAACCGACGGACUCGCGUCAACAUGACGGCUGUAGAGGACAUGGCGCUAGUAUUAAGUCGCGCAAGCAAAACUGUUGCUGAACUGAAGCUGAAAUUUCCAUUACUGUCGAAUGGCUUGCGUUGCAUUUUGUCCAACGAGAUGGAGAAAGUGGUGCGUGAAGAAAAGUUCCUAAAAGAAGAGCCCGACCGCUUGGAGUCGGCAUUGCGGCGCUGCAAGAAGCUAACGGGCACCUUGGUGACACUUAAACGCUUGGCAAGCGUGCAGGAACAGCGCUUGCCGCCUAAUGAGCCAUCAAUAGCUGAGGAGUCUUUACGGUCUUCAGAUAUUUCGGUGCCCGACAAGCCAAUCCCAACACCCAGGAUGGGGUCGUUCGCUAUCAGCGGGGGACUCGCACCCGAAAACGCACUCGAUGCUCUGCUAGACGAGCUGAAGACAUUUUCAAAGCCUAUUGCCCAGCAACAACAGCAGCAGCAACAACAACAACAACAACAACAACAGCAGCAGCAGCAGCCAUUCGAGAUGCGUCCCGAAGAUUCCACAUCCGAUGAGAGCGCACAGGCUGCUGUUCAGAGUACCGUCACCACGCAAAUAUCGCAGGCUCGUCUUUUCACCGAGGCCAACAUCAAUAUGCAACAGGCGACCAACAACAGCAUGGUCAUGGCUGUGGCAACGGGUGGUGCACCGCACUCACGCGGAGGAGCGUUGACCCAUCAUCAGCAGCAGUCGCAACAGCAGUCGCAGCAGCAGCAGCAGCAACAGCAGCUGAUGGUGCACACCAAUGUGGGCAGUUUGCGUCGCCUUCAUUCAUUCCCCAGCGAGUCGGACAACGAGCAAGCGGCUCCAGGUCUCGCCAAUGGUGGUGGCAACAGCAUCAAACCACCAGUCCCCGAGCGUAACGCUGAUUUGAUAACAAAAGUGGGCCACAAACGUAUACCGCCACCUCCGCCGCCGCGUACCAGCUCACGCAGUCCACUGGCCAGUCCGACCAGCCCAAAUGUGCCACAGAGCAUAGCUGCCGCAGCUGCUGCCAACAUCGCGGACAAUUUGAUCAGCAUUGAAACUUGUGCCAUCAGUGGCGACACUACCUCGAGCGGCGACAACUCAAGUGGCAAUGAGUCUGGCAACGAUCACGCUCAGCGUCAAGUUGCACUCGAGAUGCGUCACCAGGAGCUAUUGAAGAAGCAAAAACUGCUACAGGAGCAGUACCAGCGUUUGCAGCAAAUGAGCAAAAUACCAUCGGUAGACAUAUCCUGUCCCACCACACAGGACAUUGCAACGCUCAAGCAGCUGGGCAGCGAAACGAACAUCCAGCAGAAAAUAGCCGCACUCAAUUUGGCCGGUGAGUCGAGUGGUGCUGGAGCUGCUGCGGUGGCUGACACUGCUGCUGCUGCGGGCACGAAUGGAGUGUUGUUGAUCAGUGAUGCUACGGGUGGUGUGGUCGGCGGCGUUGUUGGUGGUGGUGGUGGUGUUGGUGUUGGUGUUGUGGGGACGACUGCUGGUACGGGCGCUGCUGCUGUUGCAAACACACAGUUACAGACAACCACAAUGACAAUGACCACCAAGCAGGUGUACGAGACGGAAAUCCUUUAACACAACUGGAAAUUGGCGUGGAGCGAAACGAAAAUUGAUAUUUAACUAAAUGGUAGCGCCCGGGAAAACUGAAGCACUUCAUCUCAUUGCAUCUCUCUCCAUCUCUCUCUCUCUCUCUCUCUCUCUCUCUCUCUCUCUCUCUCUCUCUCUCUCUCUCUAUCUGUCACUUGCACGAAUUUCAGUUGUAUCUUGUCACCCCUGCUAAACAACAUCAACCCAUAACACGCGAGGACUUUAAGUCUUCAACUCUUUAAUAUAUCAAUAAUAAUACUUAAAGAAUAAGAUUGGUAAUAUUUAAGAAACUAAGCCGUACUAAUAUUACGUGUUAAAACUAUAUGUCGUACAUGCAUAUACAUAUUCGUCUAUAUGCUAUUAUGUAUGUAUGUACAUAUUGCCAAAUGAGAAUCAAAUCGAUAAACUUAAAAAAAAAAACGCAUACAAAUAUGCACACUUUACCAUAAUAUACAACGCAAUAUUAUAAGCACACAAAUGUAUGUCCAUAGGUGGUACCCUCCCUUAAAUGUACUAAGCUGUACCGUCUUACCACUGUUCAAAAGAUAUUGAUAUUGAGCAUUAUAGCAGGCAUGAUUAGAAUGUACUUAAACGCAUGUAAUGUCUAUCUAAUAUCCAACAUAACUACGAAUAGUAUAAUAUUUAUGACAUGGCCCAGUGAAAUAGUUGACAAACUUUAGUUCAUAGGAAGGGUAAAAUAGGCAGGCUACAAUGACAUAUUAAGGCAUCACAUAAGGUACAUUUUACUAUACAAAUACACAUUUUUACUUUCA